GGAACGGGACUCUCAUGUAAAGGAAUUUAUUCAGCCAAUUUGACAUGGUAUCAGAGCUAUACCUUUGAAUUUGUAUUCCAAAAUCAGGUUAUUUCUUGUUGUUCUUGGUUUCUGGAUUAUUCUGGAUCAGUCCUAGAUACAUAGGACUCUCAGUCUCCUGGCUCUUUGCAAUCAGUCCUAGAUACAGAGGACUCUCAGUUUCUUGGUUCUUUUGGUUUGGUUCUCGGUUGUCAGCUGAGGUUUGUAUUCUCAUUGUUCUGUGAUUUUUUGUGUAUCACUACAAAGAUGUCAAACAAUUCUGAUCUGUUUGGUGUCCGAUUUACUGGGAAGAAUUAUUCUGCUUGGGAAUUUUAGUUUCAAGUAUUUGUCACAGGAAAAGAAUUGUGGGGUCAUGUGGAUGGGAGUGAUCCAGCCCCUACUGAUGCUACAAAACUGUCUUUAUGGAAGGUCAAGGAUGCUCGGGUAAUGUCCUGGAUACUAGGGUCACUUGACCCCCUCAUUAUUCUUAAUCUGAGGCCAUACAAAACAACAAGAACCAUGUGGGAAUAUCUGAAGAAGGUUUACUAUCAAGAUAAUAAUGCUAGACGUUUUCAAUUAGAAAACGACAUCUCUAAUUAUUCUCAAAGCAAUCUUCCUAUUCAGGAGUAUUAUUCUGGUUUUCAGAACCUAUGGGCAGAAUAUACUGAUAUCAUUUAUGCCCAGAUUCCAGCAGAAUCCCUCUCGGUUAUUCAGAAGGUGCAUGAGCAGAGCAAGUGUGAUCAAUUUCUCAUGAAAUUGAGAUCUGAAUUUGAGAUUACUCGCUCGAAUUUGAUGAACCGAGCUCCCUUGCCUUCCUUGGAUGGUUGUUUUGGGGAAUUACUGCGGGAAGAACAGCGAAUCCUUACACAAAGUACUCUAAAGCAGGACAACCCAGCUGCAGUUGCCUUUGCUGCCCAGGGAAGAGGUAGAGGCUGGAAUAUGGGCAAUGUUCAGUGUUAUAGCUGCAAGGAAUAUGGCCACAUUGCUAACAAUUGUAGAAAGAAGUUCUGCAAUUAUUGCAAACAGCAAGGGCAUAUUAUCAAGGAGUGUCCCACUCGUCCUCAAAACCAGAAAAUACAGACCUUUCCAGCGGUGGUAUCUGAAAGCUCAUCUGUGACAGUCGCUACCAGUUCUCUUACUCCAGAAAUGGUGCAGCAAAUGAUCAUUACAGCCCUCUCGGCCCUAGGGCUACAAGGAUCAGGUGUCGGGGAAAGUAAUCGCGAAGGGGCCUAAAGUUGGACGCUUAUUUCCGCUGCAUUUUUCCAUUCCUAGUUGUCUUUCUUUUGCAUGCUCGAAUGUUUUAAAUAAAAGUGAAGUCUGGUAUAAACGUUUAGGCCAUCCAAAUUCUGUUGUUUUAUCGCGAUUGUUGAAUUCUGGUUUGUUGGGAAAUAAAGAUAAAUUUUCUUCUUUCGAUGCUUUGAUUGAUUGUUCAACAUGUAAGUUAGGUA